AUGGAGCUAGCUUUGAGUUUAGGUGAUACUUCUAAACCUUUCAAUUUUCUUGACAAAACCCCAAAGUUAUCAAGCAAAGAUCUUGGGUUUUGCAUGGGCUUGGGGAGUGGUUUUACUGCAUCAACAAGAUCACAAGACAAGCCAGGUAGCCAUGAAAGUAAUCUUCAAGAAGAUGAGAGAAGGGUCUCAUCAGAUCCACCACUUCAACUUGACCUUUUACCUCUCUCUCCUAUUCCUCGUAAACAUCAGCCUCCUUCAAAGAUUCGCUUUCCAUGGCUGACAGAUAACUUGGUUUCUGAACCGGGUUCAACCGAAGGACCAGGGAGAGGGUUUGAUGUGAACCGGUUGUCCGUGGAUGAUGCUGAUGAAGGAGCAGCGCUUUCCUCGCCGAAUAGUGCAGCGUCGUCGUUUCAAAUGGAUUUUGGGAUUAGAAGUGGUCGAGGCAGUAAGAGAGAUUUAGAGGUUAUGGAAGCUGAAAGAGCAAGUUCAAGAGCAAGUGAUGAUGACGAGAACGGUUUGACAAGGAAGAAACUAAGGCUUUCUAAAGAACAAUCAGCUUUUCUUGAAGAGAGUUUCAAAGAACAUAACACCCUCAAUCCAAAGCAAAAGCUAGCUUUAGCAAAGCAAUUGAAUCUUCGUCCUCGCCAAGUGGAAGUGUGGUUUCAAAACAGAAGGGCAAGGACAAAAUUGAAGCAGACAGAAGUAGAUUGUGAGUAUUUAAAGAGAUGCUGUGAGACAUUGACAGAAGAGAACAGGAGGUUACAAAAGGAACUGCAAGAAUUAAGAGCUUUGAAAACUUCACAACCUUUCUACAUGCAGCUUCCUGCCACCACUCUCACUAUGUGCCCUUCUUGUGAGCGCGUGGCCACCACUACAACUUCCUCUUCUGGCGCCACAACCACAACCACCAACCCAUCCACUACCACCACAACUAGCACCACCAACUCUAAAACACUGUCAUUGCCUGCUAAGCCUAGGUUAUUUGCUUUGUCACAUGGGCAAGUCCUAGCACACCAAGCUGCUUCUUGA